GAGAUCCAAAAAGUCCGCAGAAGGGAGAUCAAUCACACAACAACCGAUGGCACAGCCGGCAGGAUCAUUGAUUAGUACUCCAAUUGGAUAUGCUGAUUGGCAUAUCAGAAGGAUGCACGUGGUUCCCAUGAACUUGCCUGUCUACCGGUUAUCGUGUAGGGAAGCGUGGAACGAGUUGACUGAAACUCAAAAGCAUUUCGUUCACCAUUUCUCCCGGGCUUCAUGGAAUGGAUCACGAAUUUGUGCCAAACAGCUAUCACAGAACAGGUACUCCAAUCGGAAUCAUGAAUUAAAUUCAGGUUAGGAACCACUCCCAUAUAGUGUGUGCUUCCUGUUGUACUUUUGUAUGAAGCUGCUGGUAUAUGAAGGGGAAAGUGCGCGCGAUUUUUCUCUCUAAGACCAAAGCAUGCAUUUAACUUU